AUGGCAUUGGCGAGGCCCGCGGUGCCAAUUGCGGAAAAGAACCCUUUCAUUACAAGCAAACACCUUACGCCAGCAAACAAUUUAAGCCACAAAUUGGCAUUCAGUCCUGGAUCGCAAUAUGACACAGACGAAUAUGAGGAGGGCGAGGAUGAGCAAGAGGGCUCUGAGUGUUCUGAAGAAUCCGCAGAGAGCGAAUAUGCAGUCGACGAGACAGUCAGAGAAGACAUGGCCAGUUUAGAAGACACUUUUCGAGAAAUAGGGAUGAGGUUUCGCAUGAUUGCGCGUAUUGGGGAAGGAACCUUCUCAACCGUCUACAAGGCCGAAGACUUGCACUACGAAUACUAUCAGAACGAUUGGGACGUAGAACAAAGGGAUGCCUCGAAGUGGACAUCCCCUCCUCUCAAAAGAAGGAAGAACGCUUCAACCUUGGAAACCAGCCAUGAUCAAUGCCGCCAGCCUAAGCGCCGCUUUGUCGCCGUAAAAAAAAUCUAUGUUACUAGCAGCCCAAUGAGGAUUCAGAAUGAACUCGAGCUGCUGCAUGACUUGAGAGGAUGCAAAGCUGUCUGCCCUUUGAUCACCGCUUGCAGGCAUCAGGACCAGGUUGUAGCCGUGCUGCCACAUUUUCGUCAUCAAGAUUUCCGGGCCUUCUAUCAUUCGAUGGGCCAUAAUGAAAUCAAGGUAUACUUUCGGUCUCUGUUUGAGGCCCUUGCCGCAGUGCACAAACAUGGAAUUAUUCAUCGAGACAUAAAGCCAACGAAUUUCUUGUUUGACGUCGAGCGGCAGAGGGGAGUGCUGGUGGAUUUUGGCCUCGCUGAGCGAGAGGGAACUGAAUGCUCCCACUGUUUGUGUCAAGAACAGGUGAACAUCAGGAAAGCCAAAAUCCAAUCGAGCAGAGCAUAUAGUAUGCCAACCCCAACGGGAUACCCGAAGGACGAUCAACGACCAUCUCGUCGAGCCAACAGAGCAGGAACAAGAGGCUUUCGAGCACCCGAAGUCCUUUUCAAGUGCACUGCUCAAACAACGAAGAUCGAUAUCUGGUCAGCCGGUGUUAUAUUACUAACUAUUCUGGCACAAAGGUUUCCGUUCUUUCACUCUGGGGAUGACGUCGAAGCCAUGAUUGAAAUCGCGACGAUAUUUGGAAAACAGAGGAUGAGAGGAUGUGCUUACUUGCAUGGCGCUGUCUGGGACUGCAACAUCCCAACCAUCGGUGAGAAAGGGUUCCCAUUGUCUCAGAUUGUUCAGUGGUCGACGUCAGAGAAAGUAGGAGAACACAUGGACCAGGAAACUAAAGAGACGGUGAAAUUCUUGGAGCAGUGUUUACAAUUAGAUCCCAGCAAACGAAUGUCUGCUAGAGCGGCUUUAGCGAGCGACUUUUUGGCAGAGGAGACAUACCCCGAUACUGAAGUAGAAGAGGUGGGUGCGUUGUAG